AUGAACGGCGUUGCCUCGGGCAGGAGCCCCUACGACUAUGGCGCCUCCAAUUUGUCUCCCGGCGGCGGCGGCCCUGUGGUAGGCGGAAAGGCCGCUGUCGAGGAAUUUGCCAGAAAUAUGCUCGUCGGCGAGGAUCGAGACGCGCCGCGAUACCCUCCGAUCAAUCGCACACCAAGCCCGGCCGUCGUCGACCUCAAGGACCCAAUCCAGAUUCACCUCCUCACCGAAACUGCCUUGGCAGACAGCAACAAAUAUGAAAUUCUCCCUCAAGAAGAGGUCGACAACCUCAAGAAGCAGUCCCAGCUCAUGGUGCAGCGCAUCGAAUCUACCAGAGCCAACCUCGCCAUCCAGGCAAAGUACCGAGACGCCGCCCUGUCCAUGGCCAGAUUGUCACCCGAUGGCUCCCAGGAUCCCCAGGCCGAAGAAGACGGCCUCCAGACCCAGCGGAAAUGCGAAGAACUUGCCCUCGAACUCUUCAACCUCGAAAAGAGUCUCAUGGUCCCUCAACGGCGCAUUCUCGAGCACACUGCCGGAAUUCUCCAGCUUACUCACAAGGCUUCCAAGAAGAAGAAUGCACAGCAAACCCAAGUCAACAAUGGCAUCCCCGGAAGCCCCGAGAGCCUAUAUACCUAUACACAUAGCCGCAAUAGCCUGGACCCUGCUGGCGACGACAACUACUUUGAGGACGGCAUGUAUCCGCUUGACUCGGCGGCUCGCAAAAACGCAAUCGAGAUUCCCAUGAAAUCACCAAACAGAGAGCGUGGCGAGAUGGACCGCGUCAAGGAGGAGAAUCUCAUCCUCAUCAAGUCCGUCAGCGACUUUGAGGAGAAGCUUCGUGCCCUCAACGGUUCUCUGCGCGACACUAUUGUACAGUUCAACCCCGACGUCAACAAGGACUACAUCGAGCCGCCUCGCAACACAUCGAAUGCGAAGCCUUUGGAAAUGCUGCGACAUCAAAUCGAUUACCUUGAAACAGGUCUGGUUGCUGUCCAGGCCGAGCAGGAGUCCUCUCAACAAGUUACGCCAGCCGGCCCCAGCGAGAGUGAAGAUGCUGUCCGACACCUGUGGAGUGUCAUUCAGAAGGAUUUCGCUGGUACGAGGCAGCGAAGAGAGGAGCGCCGCAGAGCGCGUGUUGACAAGGGUCUAUCCGAGAAUGACGAAGACGAGGGCUCCGACGAUGAGUUUGGCCACUCCGAAGACUACAACCUCAAAUCAUUCACAAAGCGAGUCAACUACCUGUCAUCACAAACGGCUACUCUCAAAGACCAGCGUACAGUCUUGAAACGCCAGAUCAAACAACAACGAGAGCUCAACAACAAAUCCGACGCUGAAAAAGACGAAGAACUGGCCCGUCGACAAGAAGAGGUUGAAAGCGCCCGCCAAGCCGUCGUCCGCGCGGAAAGGGACGCCAUGAACGCCCAGAAUCUGUUAUCGGAAGCUCUACAGGACCUCGAACAGGCCCGCGCUCAUGCUACUGUUGCCGGAAACGCCCAAGCAGAUCUCCAGGAUCGCGAAGAGACUAUCGAGCUGCUGGAGAAGAAGAUCAAAAAGGUCGAGGCUGAGAGCAAGCUUUCUGGGGAUAGAGCUGCAGAGCUAGAAAUAGCCAUUGCCGACAAACGGGUUGCGGAAGAGGCCGUCAGCGCCCUUCAAGCCGACAUGAAGCUCAAGGACAAGAUACUCAAGAACAAGGACAACGAUAUAGACGAGCUCAACAUGACACUUGCCGAGCUGAAAACGGAAGUCACUAUCGCCCGCGCCGAGCUGGACGGAGCUUAUGGGACUCGCGCCGAGCGCGCGGCCGACGUGGCAGCACUUAAGAAUAAUGCCGAAGUACAAAGACUCAGUAAUCAGAUUGAGAAGCUCAAGAAGGAGCUAGCAGGUACGGCCGAAGAUCUCGAAAGUAUUACGAAGGAGACUCUGGGCGCCGAGCGCGAAAAGGUGGAACUGGAGAGUAAGCUGGACGAGACUCUACAGGCUAAACAAAAAGUCGAAGCCGAGGUGGAAAAGGCGCGUGAGCAGAUUGCCACGCUCCAAGAGGAGCUGGAUGGUCACCGCCUCAGAGUCGGCGGCGGCAAGGGCGGCGGUGCUGGAGCUUCUAUGUUGAGCGAACAGUUCCGUGCCACGAUGAGGGAGGAGAGGAAGAAGUUCCAGGAGGACUUGAGGGAGGAGCGAGGCCGAGCCCGCAGGCUCGAAGAAGAACUCGCGCGCUUAAAACGGAGUCUAGGACCUGGCAAGAAUUAUGCCACACGGUCCCGACCAUCCUCGUUUAAGCCGGACCCGUGCACCUGA